CGUUAGGGUUUAAGGAUUAACCUAGAAGCUGAAAAUUGGGUUUUAUCAGGGAUGGGGGUAGCGGAAGAGAAAAGCUUUAUCUCUUCCUCUUUAGAAGAGAGUAAGAAGAAAAGGAAGAGAAAGCGAAGCAGAACUAAGAAAUCAGAGCACCAGAACCCUGAUAACAACACUGAUAGAGAAGAAGGAGAAGAAGAAGAAGAAUUUGAACAAGAGAAACAAGAGGAAGAUGAAACAGAAAACAGAGAAGUUCAAGAGAAGAAAAAUAGGAAGAAAAAUAAGAAGGUGAAGAGUGAUGAUGAUGAGAAACAGGAACUUGUAAAUAAUGAAGAAGAAGAAGAAGAAGAGGAAGAAGAAGGAGAGAAGGGAGAGAUAAAGGAGAAAGUGAAGAAUGGGGGAAGUGGGAUAAUGAGCACUGAGUCAUUUGAGUCCUUGGGAUUGUCUGAGCCUACUUUUAAGGCUAUUAAGGAAAUGGGUUUUCAGUAUAUGACUCAGAUUCAAGCCAGAGCGAUUCCACCACUUAUGAUUGGCAAAGAUGUCCUUGGGGCUGCAAGGACGGGUUCAGGGAAAACCCUUGCGUUCUUGGUACCUGCUGUUGAGUUGUUAUAUAAUGUUCACUUCACUCCUCGCAAUGGAACAGGUGUUAUUGUCAUUUGUCCCACAAGGGAGCUUGCCAUUCAGACUCAUGCAGUUGCAAAGGAUCUUCUCAAAUACCACUCUCAGACUCUUGGAUUGGUUAUUGGUGGUGCAGCCAGAAGAGGAGAAGCAGAGCGAAUUGCAAAGGGAGUUAAUUUAUUAGUGGCUACUCCUGGUCGACUACUUGACCAUCUUCAACAUACAAAGGGAUUCAUUUAUAAAAAUUUGAAGUGUCUCAUGAUUGAUGAAGCUGACAGGAUAUUGGAAGCAAAUUUUGAGGAAGAAAUGAAGCAAAUUAUCAAGUUUCUUCCUAAGCAAAACAGGCAAACUGCUCUAUUUUCAGCUACCCAGACUAAGAAGGUUGAGGACCUCGCCCGCCUGUCGUUUCAGACAACUCCUAUUUAUAUCGAUGUAGAUGAUGGGAGAAAGAAGGUCACCAAUGAAGGGCUGCAGCAAGGCUAUUGUGUUGUGCAUAGUUCCAAGAGAUUUAUCCUUUUGUAUUCAUUUUUGAAGAGGAACCUGUCCAAGAAAGUGAUGGUCUUUUUCUCUUCAUGCAACUCAGUCAAGUUUCAUGCAGAACUUCUUAGAUAUAUUCAUGUGGAUUGCUUUGAUAUCCAUGGAAAGCAAAAGCAGCAAAAGCGGACCACUACCUUCUUUGACUUUUGCAAAGCAGAAAAGGGCAUUUUGCUUUGCACUGAUGUUGCUGCUCGUGGACUUGAUAUUCCUGCCGUGGAUUGGAUUGUGCAGUAUGAUCCUCCUGAUGAACCCAAGGAAUAUAUUCAUAGGGUUGGUCGAACUGCUCGUGGGGAAGGUGCAAGAGGAAAUGCUCUUCUUUUCCUGAUCCCAGAGGAACUGCAAUUUCUUCGCUAUCUAAAGGCAGCAAAAGUUCCUGUUAAGGAAUAUGAGUUUGAUGAGAAGAAGCUGGCGAAUGUGCAGUCUCAUCUGGAGAAGUUAGUGGCAAACAACUAUUAUCUUAACAAGUCAGCUAAAGAUGCUUAUCGAUCCUACAUUUUAGCAUACAAUUCUCACUCAAUGAAAGAUAUCUUUAAUGUGCAUCGCCUUGAUAUGCAGGCCAUCGCUGCUUCCUUCUGUUUUUCAUGCCCUCCUAAGGUUAAUCUGAACAUAGACAGCAACGCAUCCAAAUUUAGAAAGACAACACGUAAAGUGGAAGGAGUGCGAAAUAGUUUCAGUGCAAGCAACCCGUAUGGGAGGCAGAGAGGUGAAGAUGAUAAUCGGCAAUUUGUAAGGUAUUAGUGGAAGCAUCAUCCAGAGGCCAUUUAUAAAGGCAUUAACAGAAGCUGUGUUGGUGAAGCCGCUGCAUUGGUCUGCAACAAUUUUGUAUCUGUGCCAUUUUUUCUUGAAAAAGAGGGUGAGUCUGCUUGAAAAUUAAGCUUUAAUAGCAUUUCGCGAGUCUUGGAAGUUGAACAUGCACAUAUAGAUUAUUAGUUUUAAAUUGACUUGUAUUCAAGAUGUGUUAUUCUUGCCUAAUAAUUCCAUCGUUCUCUCAACCAUAUAAUUCUGAUGGUUCA